UUUAAAAUUAACUUAUUUUUUUUUUGGUGCAGGUACAGCGGAUAACUGCAUAUAGUUUCAGUCGAGUACAGAGAAAGUGGAUUCAAUAGCAGUAUUGGACAGGUACCGAAGGAAGGCAGAAAAAUAGUUUAAACUAAAGGAAGAAUGCAAAUUUAAAAAGGGAGUAUGAAGGAAGGAAGGAAAGAAGAAAAAAGCAGGUCUAAAGUGGAAGGAAGGGAGGACCAUGACUGUAAAGAACCAGAGCAGCUCAGGAAGCUCUUUAUUGGUGGCCUGAGCUUCGAAACCACAGAGGAGAGUUUACGGGCCCAUUUCGAGCAAUGGGGAUCACUGACAGACUGUGUGGUGAUGAGAGACCCGGGCAGCAAGCGGUCGAGAGGUUUUGGCUUUGUGACCUACUCUUCCAUGGUGGAGGUUGACGACGCCAUGAAAGAAAGGCCUCAUAAAGUAGACGGCCGAGUUGUAGAGCCCAAGAGGGCCGUGUCCCGAGAGGACUCCAAUAAACCAGGGGCACAUCUGACAGUGAAGAAGAUCUUUGUUGGUGGAAUUAAGGAGGACACAGAAGAGUACCACAUCCGAGACUAUUUCAAGAAGUACGGAAAGAUCGAAAGCAUCGACAUCAUGGAGGAACGCUCCACUGGCAAGAAAAGAGGCUUCUGCUUCGUCACUUUUGACGAUCAUGACACCGUCGACAAAAUUGUCGCUCAGAAAUACCACACCAUCAACUCGCACAAUUGUGAAGUCAGAAAAGCGCUCUCGAAGCAAGAAAUGAAUGUAAUGUCCAACAGCAGGGGGAGGAGUGGAGGCUCUGGUAACUUCAUGGAUAGAAGUAAUAAUUUUGGAGGUGGUGGCAGCUAUGGUCGUGAUAACUACGGUGGAGGACGAGGUGGCUAUGAUGAUUUUGAUGGAACUGGUGGAAAUUAUGGUGGUGGUGGAGGAGGAGGAGGUUAUGGAGGACGUGGGAACUAUGGAGGGGGCAGCUAUGGUAAUCAAGGUGGUGGAUAUGGUGGCGGCUGUGAUGGAGGUUAUCGAGGUAGUAGUGGAGGAUACGGCGGGGGUGGAAAUUACAAUGAUUGUGGCAACUAUGGUGGCAAUCAGUCCAACUACGGGCCCAUGAAGGGAAACAAUUUUGGUGGCAGAAACUCAGGUGGACCGUAUGGAGGUGGCUAUGGCUCCAGCGGCGGCAGUGGUGGUUAUGGCUCACGGCGCUAUUAAACAUUACAUGGAUGUGGAAAGAGGCGGGAAAUCUGUAAAGACGCAGUAACAUGGAAGGGUCUGGAUGGGUAAGACUUUUUUCCAAAUAUUAUCCAAGGCUGCUAUUUUUUUAACGGGUAAAUCUUGGCAGAAGUUGUCCGUUAUUCCAUGGUGACCUUCAUAAUGAAUGAAUGGUGCACAAUCGCCAGUACUUUAUUUUUUUUGUGUUGCUUUGAGUCAGUGCGGGUAAAGUGACACGACCCCUCCCAUUGUUGGUGCGAGCAGUCAGCCAGCCUGUCAACUUCUGCCCUUUUUUGGGUACCGCGAGAUUGUAGAAUGAAUAAUGCAAAACGUGCUUAUGAAGAGUGGCUGCUAUAGGAGGCAAUACAUGCACCCAUCACUCGCCGACAAAUUCCACGUAACAAUACAUGAAUGCGGUUGUGAAAUUAAUGUUUGCAACCAAUUGGCACGUCUACAAUUGGUGAAAAAUACUAUACACUCACUGCCAAGACACUUAACUAGCAUGGCUAACAUCCAGUUUUUCCUGCUCUUUUCACAAAGUAGAGAAGAGCAGAGAAGUACCUACUCAUUUUCUGAGAAAUAAGUACUUCUGUUGUACUACAACAUUCAUUCAUUCAUCUUCCGUUCCGCUUAUCCUCACUAGGGUCGCAUUUUGAUUUUAUUUAGAAAAAUGUGAACUAUUUCUUUGUUUAUUAAUGUGCGUACAAAGUGCAUUCAAUGGAAAUCAGUUAUUUCCCUAAACAUUUUAGAUGUGAUGUUAAACUGAUAUUUUUGCUAAUGUUAUCAUACCAUCAGAAUCUGAUACUGGCUCGUGGCCUGCAAGUCAAAGACGACAGCUUGAAACAGGAGGCAUAACUUGGCCACUUCUAAUUAAUGGCUUGCCAUGCCUUCCUCACAAAACCUAUGUAGAGGCAGACCAUUUUGACACAAUAGAAAAAUUCUUGACUUCAGUAGCCUAACCUUGUAACUGAAACAUGACUAGCUAAGUAGUUUAGCUUCCGAAAAACUUAGCUGUGGUUGUAGGGCGAGGCUCCAAGGGAACAUUGCAGUGAUAGAAACCUCCAAGCUAAUUGCUUAUCAUCAAUGCACAAGGAGUGAUUUGAUGGCCCCAUCCUAUUCAGUCUAGCCUGGCCAGGCUAUAAUUUAAUUUACAAUACCUGUUGUUGGCACUGCAUUUGUUAAUGUUGUUUAUUUUUAAAUUAUUGGAUCUUUAAAAUAAGUGGAUCUAAUCCAUCAACAGUCUGAAUUUUGUAUAAAAUGUAUAUGAAUAUAUGACACAGAGUAGGAAGUUAAGGUCACUACACAACACAAAUGAGGGUGUGUGCGUGCUUUUAACAUUCAAGAGACUAUGUAUGAUUUGGCCUGCAAUAAAGAUAUUUUAAUGGAUGUUUUUUUGUUUUUGUGUAAAGUUGUUGGUGAGAAUGUUUACACAUUUUCAAAAGUAAAUUUGUGACGUGGUUUUUACCUGUUUAUUACCUAUGUCGCUUGCAUUUGUACACACACACACACACACACACACACGCAAUAUGUGGGCUUGACAGUUUAAGGUAGUGUUUGUGUAUAAAAGCGCAUGGUGGGCAAAUGGUGAUUGUGUUGAGAACGCAGGCCCAGUCGGAUCAUUGUAAAAGUGUCAUACAUCAACAAUUGUGGCCUUUGUUGUGCAACACAAAUGCAGCGGGUGUGACUUAAGCGAUGUGAGAUCUCCGUAUUAAAAGAUUUAGGUGACUGUACAAACAGUGCUGUAAAUGAAGGGGAGCUGAUUGGGUAAUUGUUUAAAAGCCGAUAAACACUUUGGUAUCUCAACCAAGUUCUAUUUAUAUGCAGCUUUAUGGGCCUGCCAAGUCCAGAAGUAACUUAAACAGAAGUUAUGUAAUGCCUCAAACGUUACAUCGAUCUGGCAUCAAUCUGUUUCAGGCUGUAGUACAGCUGCACAAUGCUCUGCUUUCAUAACAAAAAGGGAGGCCAUAUAGCUUUGGAUGAUUUAUUGAAAAGCAUAAGAACCUGCGCAGCAAAUCAUAGUGUAUAUAGUUAAAAAUCUUCCAUUUAGCAUACAGAAACUAUACAGUGAGAAUAUUUACACAUACAGUAAUCUCAAGAUUUAUAUCAUGUCUAUUUACAAAUAAUCACAUAGAAUAUGAGUAUAAAAGAAAAUAUAAAAAAUAUUCAUAACAUCCAAGAAGAACCAAAACUUUACAAUAGUUCUGCAGAGCUACUAGUUUUGCACAAAGUACCAGUUCCAAAACCAAACCGUGAUUUUAUUUUAUUUUUGCCGGAAAAAAAUUAUUCGGGGGGGUUGCACAAAACACAGAAGUGGCUGCAAAUUCUUACACUGGAACACAAGCGAUUAAUUGAAGAUGUAUUUUGCUGUGGGUCUGAAUUGGGGUGCAGAUAGGGUUAGUUUUUGUAUGCAUUAUGAGUCACCAUGGAAUCAAAAGAACCAUUCACCCCCCCAGAAUCAUAUUUUCGCCUCCCAUAUGUUCCCCAUCCUCCAGUAAAUAGCCUGCGAGCUAAACACUUGGGUGGUCUAACAAACCCAAAUGCCAAGUUUUAUGGAUUGUUUUGACUUUUAUCACUAGUUCAGCCUUGGUGGAGGUCUAUGAUAAACUUAGUAGCUCUAGUUACAUAUGAUCAUGAUAACAUUGCUAAAACAAAACUUGGCCUAAGACUUGUACAGCGCUGGAUACACGUGUGUGUAUAUAAACUUUAGUUCAGUUCAGUAGUGUUUAGAAAAUGUUGAAUGUUUUGUGUUCCAUUCUUCCAAAGUUAUUUUAUCAAAUGUAUUCUAAUUAGAAUCCUUUUUUUCUAUUAAUACAAAUAAAAAGAAUUCAAAGUUGUUUACCUGUCAGCCAUUAUUCCACUGCUUUUUACUGACGUUUUAAGUUUUUGCCGUGGUUUUGUUUCCGGACCGGUAUCGAGUUACUUUAUGCAUGUAUAGUAUCGAAGUCAAAAUGUUGGUAUUGUGACAACACUAAGCGCUACUGAUGCUUAAAGCUGAGAAUGUCAUUGCAUAGUGCGACUAUGUGACUGCUGUACCUUACUAGAAAGACAGGCGCUGGUCUUAGCUCUUGAUCAAAGUCUUUUUAGUGCGAGGAACAAGGAAGACGCUGCCUUCGGUCGACUGCUGCAGAGAGAAGUCGGUCGGCGAGAUGGAGUUGCCAUCCUCGUCCCUGAGCAUGCUGAACACUUCCAGGUAAAGGCUAUUCAGCUUCCUCUUCAUCUCUCUCAGGCUGUUUACGUUGCGGGACUUCUCGCCCAGCAGACGCUCUUUCUCCUCCUUGAGUGAGUCCAGGUCCAGCUCCAGCCCCACGAUGUUCUCCAUCUUGCGCUUGCGGCAGUUCUGGGCUGCCACCUUGUUCUUGCCGCGGCGGCGAAUGUCCCUGACCAGGGCUAGCUGGGCCUCAUUCAGUUGGUUCUUUGAGAUCAGCUCGUUGUAGUCGUCGACAGGCACGUUAAUGAUCAUGUCAACGCUGAAGGGGAUCUUGAGGGCCUUGGCCUUCUGCUCGUCCCUGGAGUGACGCAAAUCCGAUCUUCUCUUGCGUUUGUCUUUAGUGAAGGGCGAGGAGCUCUGCCCGUUGUCUUCCGCCGGAUCCAUUUCUUUUUUGGGCUCGUCCUGCUGGAUUUGAACCUGGUCCGCUAAUGUGGGCAGAGGAAAUGCUUGCUGAACAUCAUCAGGUUGAAAGUUUAAAGAGAACAUCUCAGAGUAGUCAGAUUUUGUGCUGCCAGGGUUCUGGUCCAUCUCCUCCAUGUCAGAAUCGCUGCCGUCAAAACCCUCAUCUCCAUAUAGAGAUUUCCCAGGCGAGCAAGUGUCGGGACUUGAGGAGAGGCCAGAGUCUAAGUCGGGCACUUCUGCAGAUGCAUUAUGUCUGCCCCGUUCAAACGUAUCACCGGGUGAGAGGCUGUACAAUUUCUGAACAUCGGACAUGAUAUUGUAUUCUUUUCCCUCAAGGUCCUGCUGACUGCUGCUCUCCUCCAAACUGGUGUCAGGGUAAAAUGUGUUGCAAAAGCUAUUAAGGUUGAAAUGAGUGUUUAACUGGGGAACUUCUGACUUCAUUCGGUUCACAUUGUCUGCUGGUGUCACGCUGGGAACUGAGCUAUCAAAUGUAUUCAUAAAAACUGUAGGACACACAUUUAAAUUGUUUUUCUCUUCUACUGGACUA